CUCUCUCAGACUUUUUAUUCCCCUUCUGCAAAAAGCCUCUCUUUCUGUUUUUCUUUUUCAUCUUCUGCACGAACUUUUGUGGCUUUAUACGUACCAUGCCACAAGUGGAUCUUGAGACGCUCGUGUCAGCCUGUGCCGGCGGCUCAUGCGAUAGGAAAAUCGCCUGCGAAACCCUUGCCACCACCGACGCUCAGACGGAUCAUCCGCCGGGUCAACCCGAUUCUAUUCCGCCGGAUUUCCCGCCCGAUUCGUUUUAUCUCUCCAAGGACGACGAGUUUGACUGGUUCGACCGAAAUGCCUUCUACGAGCGCAAGGAUUCUCAGAAAGGGAACUCCAACUCCACCAAUUUAAACCCGAAUGUGAACCCGACUUGUGUCUCCACGUCUCAGCGGUUUGCUUUGAAAACCAAGGCCUCUAUCAUCGGCUUGCCUAAGCCUCAAAAGGCUUGUUAUGCUGAUGCGAAGAACAGGAGGAACUCUAAGCCUGCUAUCACUCAACUGUUCCCUAAACGGUCGGGAUCAGCAGGAAAAUGUGAUUCUUCCGUACUAGUCGAGCCUUCUUCACCGAAGGUUUCUUGUAUGGGAAGAGUGAGAUCCAAGAGAGACCGGAACCGGCGGCUGAAGAACCGCCAAAAACCGGAAAGAUCCGAAGAAUCCAGAAAAGGAAAAGACAAAUCCAUCUCGAGAAGGAAACCUGGCCUCUUGGCAAGUUUACGAUCAAUUUUCCGGUCAGGCAGCAAGGAUCAGACGGCGCGUGAUAGAAACUCGCGGCAAUUAGAUUAUCCGUCGGCGAGGAAGAUCGACACAAUCACGACGCCCGAUAUCCGUAGGAGGCUGCCGCCGGGAGAUGCGCAGUCAAUUUCGGCUGAGUCAAUUUCCCCGCCGAGGAAGAGCGGCAACGCGAGGAAAUCGUUCGAAUCUGAACCGGCCGGUCUGGGCGGAAUGAAACGGUUCGUGUCGGGUAGGAGAUCCGACUCGUGGGCGGAUAUCGACGCGGUGGGAUCGUGAUUGACAUUUCGUCUCUAGCGAGGCGCGUGGGGCCCCUAACACAGUAGGAGUUUGGUGGCGGUCUUGAUUGGGUAGCUUGUGCGGGGCCCGCUUCCGUUUAACAUGUCGUUGGUAUGACGUGGCACGCUGAAUAACGGUCUCUCCUCCACGGUAAAAAAGUAAAAAACCACAGUUAAUUCCCAUCUCGUUUGCGUUUACUUUUGCUUUUUUUUUUUUUUUUUCUACUCUACUCUUUCUGGCAAUUGUUUGUAAAUAUUAUUGAGUGUUUUUUUUUUUUUUCUUCUUUUUGGGAGUGAAACGGUUGUAAAUUUUUGUUGUAA